CAGUCUACUGGCUGAAUACCAAGCAGUUACAAAACACUGGCAUUUGCAGCCAUUGACGUCCUCACGUGUACUGCUGCGUUAUGCAAACACUGGAUUCAGUCUUCUGAAACUGCACUGUUGACGCUGAAAAUCAAAGACCGGGAAAUGAAAAAUAGACCGAUGAAGUCAGAUGCAUCUGAAUCAAAGAGUAGAGUAAAGAAGAGGACCAAAGAGAACUGUGUUCCAACUCUUGCCCAAAAACUACGAGAGAAAAAAGAUGGAGAGUCAUCCAAACAGGGAGGUAUUCCCACUUCCACCCAGUCCGCAGGAGUGCAGAAGAGAGGCUGGCAAGGAAGCAUCUUGCACUACAUUUAUAAGAGCACACUGGGCCAAAGUCUGCACUCACAGAUGAGACAGUGUCUUCAGGAGCCUUUUGUCCGUUCUCUGUCAUCCUAUCAUUUCCAUGGUGCCACCAGCCCAUUCGACCGCAGGAUCACCUGCCUGGAGUGGCACCCCACCCACCCCAGCACUCUGGCUGUGGGCUCCAAGGGUGGGGACAUCUACCUGUGGGACUUUAAUGCACCUGCAAAGAAAACAUUUCUACAAGGGAGUGGAGCAGGAGACUUUAUCGGAGGGAUGAAGUUCUGCCCGAUGGAUCUUUCCAGAGUCUAUGUGGCUUCUGGUCAGGGAACGGUGACCAUGCAGAGCUUUGAGGGUCAUCCAUCCACACUUCUGUCCAGAACUCAAGAUUGUGGCCAUGAUCACCAUGAUGUUUGUUUCUGGUACUGCUGUGUAGAUGUGUCAGUGAGCAGACAAAUGCUCGUGACGGGAGACAACGUAGGACAGCUGUUACUGCUGAGUCUUGAUGGACAAAAGAUUUUCAGUGAAAAACUGCACAAAGCUAAAGUGACCCAUGCUGAGUUCAACUCCCGCUGUGAUUGGUUGUUAGCGACAGCCUCGGUUGACCACACAGUAAAGCUGUGGGACCUGAGAAACAUCAAAGACAAGAAGAGCUUCCUCCAUGACAUGCCUCAUGAGCGUGCAGUGAACUCAGCCUACUUCAACCCUCUUGACUGCUCCAAGCUGCUCACCACAGACCAGUAUGACCAGAUCCGGGUCUACUCGUCACCUGAUUGGUCAAAACCUCAACAUAUCAUCCAGCAUCCACACAGACAGUUCCAACAUCUCACACCAAUCAAGGCCACAUGGCACCCUGUCUAUGACCUCAUCGUGGCGGGCCGUUACCCUGAUGAUCGGGUCUGUCCCGGAGAUCACAGGACCGUCGACAUCUUUGAUUCUAACACAGCAGAGCUUGUGUAUCAGCUGCAGGAUCCCAACGCUGCAGGGAUCAAAUCUGUAAAUAAAUUCAAUCCAUUGGGCGAUGUGCUCGGAACAGGAAUGGGUGUAACAGUGCUUGUCUGGGAUAGAAACGAGUCGCUGAUCAGCGAUCGACUCACAGAGCCUAGCCAAAGCUCAGCAGACAGUUUGAGAAGCCAGAGGAAGACUCAGCCACGCCCAGGCAGAGACCGGAGAGGACCUGCUUUGGAUACAAAGCUGAAGAAGAAGCUGGCUUCUCUGGAAGAGUCAGAGACUAAGACUAAGACUGGGUUUACCAAACAAAAACAGAUAAAGAAAAAGUGAAAGAUUCUGUUUUGAAAAUCAAUGUGCAUACUCUUGUUUACUGUUCGUUAAGUCUUAAACUUCAGGGAUUGUUUGAUGUUGUAAAAUGAGUCAUAUAUUCUUUUAUAAACCAGUUUCUCACUGGAUUUCUUGUAUCUUCUCAAAUGUUUUCUACUGUCGAAUAAAAGUUUUUCUAAUGCAA